CAAAUAUUCAUGGUCAUUUCAGGGUCAUUCGGUUCCGUCAUGAAGUCUAUCUUAAGCAUUCCAUCAAUGAUUGGAUUUUGUACAAGUAUCGGGAAGAUUUCAACUGGAAUACGGACGUUUACAAAGGUAAUAGCUGCAUUUUUAGAUAAAUUUGCAACCAGGCAAGUUUUCUUUUUGCUCCGAUCCGUAACAAAAGUAUGCAUCUCGAACUCUAAGUAAACCCAUUCAUUUCAGUCUAUAUUGAAGUUUAUGGGUGUCAAAUGAACCAUAGUGAUACCAAUAUUGCUCAGAGUUUAUUAACAAAAGCUGGGUAUACUAUUGUCCCGUCGGAUGAACAGGUUGGUUCUUUUCUUCAAAUAUAAUCCUACAGUGUGACACUGUCUUGCUCAUGACUUGUGCCAUUCGAGAUAGUGCUGAAGUAAAAAUUUGGCGACGUAUUCAACACCUGCGAUCUCUUCACCGUAAAUCAUAUAUAAAAAUAGGUGUUCUAGGAUGUAUGGCCAAAAGGUUAAAGGAUAAACUCCUUAUGGAUGACAGCUGUAAAACUUUAAAAGCGGGUGAUCUUCAGUCAUCUAAUUUUGAUCACGAUAAUUACACUGUUGCGGCAGAUUUUGUUUGCGGCCCUGAUUCUUAUCGUGAUUUGCCGAAACUUAUUGAAGAUGCUCAUUCUGGACUAAAAGGUGCUAGCGUCUCAUUGUCUCUGGAAGAGACAUAUGCAGAUGUAACUCCUGUACGACGUCAUUUUACAACCGACGAAUCCUCAGACCCAAUCCUUGCUCCUACGGCUUUCCUAUCAGUUAUGCGUGGGUGUGAUAAUAUGUGCACCUAUUGUAUUGUACCUUUUGUCAGAGGACGUGAACGCAGUAGACCAUUGGAUUCAAUCCUUCACGAAGCACAAAGCUUAUUUAAUGAGGGAGUAAAAGAAAUUACUUUGCUUGGGCAAAAUGUUAAUAGUUAUUGUGAUAAUUCGAAUACAGACUUAUCAAUCAACUCGUCUAAAACGAUUUCAACACUUGUCCCUGGAUUUAAAACUGUUUAUAAACCAAAAGUUGGUGGUUUAAGAUUUUUCGAUUUAUUAGACCAAGUAAGUCAGAUUAGUCCAGAACUUCGUAUUCGAUUCACAUCACCACAUCCAAAAGAUUUCCCAAAAGAGGUUCUUGAACUAAUUUCUGAACGUAAAAAUAUUUGUUCAAAUAUACAUUUACCAGCUCAAUCAGGCAGUAGUGUUGUUCUAGAAAACAUGAGAAGGGGUUAUACUAGACAAGCCUACAUAGAGUUAGUGAACACUAUUCACGAAAUAGUUCCAAAUGUUAGCCUUACAAGUGAUUUUAUCGCAGGAUUUUGUGGUGAAACCGAAGAAGAUCACUCUCAAUCUCUUGAGCUCAUUGAACGUGUUGGUUAUUCAUUUUGUUUCUGUUUUCCGUACAGUAUGCGUGAGAAAACUUUUGCAUAUCAUCAUUUAACUGAUGAUGUACCAAUUGAAGUGAAAAAACGACGACAUGAAGAGUUAUCAAUGAUAUCUCGAAAUAAAAGUUUAGAGUUUAAUCAAAAACAAAUUGGCUCUAUUCAAAUUGUUUUAGUUGAAGGACCUAGUCGUCGUUCACCAACGCAAGUGUUUGGACGUAAUGAUUAUAAUACGAAGGUAAUUUUCGACCAAGAUGUUACACAAAUACCAACUACCAAAAAUCAAGAUUCUUCGCGUAUAUCCUUCAAGCCUGGUGAUUAUGUGGUUGUUGAGAUUAUUGGUGCAACGUCUCAGACAUUACAAGGAAAGGCUCUUGGCUUGUCUACACUUGGAGAUUUUUGUGAAACAAAGUGGCAUAGUGUGAAUACAGCUAAAAUAAUAUAA